AUCGUCGCCAAUGUUGCCUGUGAGCGGGAAUCGAACUCGGGUCGCCGGGUUCCUAGCGCAGCGAGCUGGCCACUGCCCCACCGUUCCCCACGUAAAUACGAACGCACGCACCCACACGCGCGUGCUCCAGGUCUCGGUGUUGACCCUGAUGGAAAACAACUCGGUCAGGUGUUCCGUCAAAUUAUUCUGAGACACCUGUGGGCCCCAUGGGACUCUGGGAAGUGCAAACAGCCUCAUGUAAUGAAAGUCCGGCUCGAGAGGGCACAAUGGACAAUCGCUGCCUCUGCAUGCGUGCUGGAGAUAAACGUGCCCCCCCCCCCCACGCCACCAUCUGUUUGCUCGGGAGCAGAUGGGAUGGCCUUUUACGAGGCCCAUCCACUCGUAACUCCCGGCACAGAUGAGAGAGAGACCGUGGGCAAUUGUGGACGUGAGCCACGCGCACUGCGGUCACCUGCGUCUGUUCCGUUCUAAGCCAUGGCGAGGUAGAAGAAGAUCAACGACCUUCGCAAGGUCACGCUACAAGGCGAGAUGGAACACCCGUGCGGAACAGAGGGAACCGAAUGGGACACGGACUUGGAGGACGAUGGCGACGAAUCCCUCCUCCGUCCUGGGGGCCCGCGGUCACAAGACCUGGGCUGGGGCCCCCGCUACCGGGAAGGGUGCCGCACCGCAGGGGUCUGCCCGGCCACGGGGGUCCUGGGCUCAGGGGGCUUCCGACCCCAGCUGCGCCUCGCGCACCGAGCCCUGGGUCCCCGCGGCGCCGCGCCCCUCGCUCGCUGCCUCACGGUCAACACCGUGGUCACCAAGUUGGACCUGUCGGACAACUGGCUUCAGGAGGAGGGCUGCCGCCACCUCUCGCGAAUGCUCAAAGAGAACUGCUACAUCGAAGAGCUGAACGUAUCAAGCAACCGCAUGGGAGUCGGAGGAGCGAUGGCCUUGUGCUCUGCGCUGAGGGAGAACUCCACCAUCACCAGUCUCAACCUGUCCGGAAACAAUUUAACGGAUGAAGCUGCCAGACAUUUGCACAACGCCAUGUCGGUAAAUAGAAGCCUGAAGGAACUGGAUAUGAGCCACAACAGAAUUGGAGACGCAGGUGCCAUGCAUGUUGCCCAUAUGAUAGCGAACUCCGAGACGCUGGAGACGCUGGACCUGGCCUGGAGUCUGUGGAGAUGGAACGGCUCCGUGGCCAUCGCAGCAGCCAUCAGCGUGAACCGCAGUGUUCGCUGGCUGAGCUUGGCAUGGACCGGCGUGGGCAUCGAGGGUGCCCUGGCGCUGCGAGAGGCUCUCCAGCGGAACAGGACCCUGCACCACCUGGACCUGAGCUCCUGCCGCGUGGAUGAGCGGGGCGCGAGGGCUCUGGCUGCCGGGCUGCAGACGAACGUGGCUCUACGCAGCCUCAAGCUCGCACUGAACCCUAUCAUGGCAGAGGGAGCCCUCGCCUUGCUCUCCGCCAUCCAGAAGAACAAGAGAUCGACGAUGCAAGACCUCAACAUUUCAAAUGUGGUGGUGAACGAGCAGUUUGUGCAGCUGCUGAGUGCGAUGCGAGCCGAGCGGCCCCGGGCCAUGCACGUCCGGCACGGGGGCGUCGGGAGCGGCCUGCGCCGCACGUUCCAGCCCAGGGUCAGCCCCAUGCAAGCCAUCCAGGGGCACCUUCUCAAGAAUAAGCUGCGUCUCUGGGACUUCUUCCGUAACAUGGACAAAAGCGGGACAAUGUCGGUGACCCAGGAUGUCUUCAGGAGCGCCAUGCAGCAACUAAGCACACCCCUGGAGGAGCAGGCGUUAGAGGAGCUCAUCUCGGCGCUGGACAGAGACGGAAGUGGCUGGAUUAACUACAGGGAGCUCCUGGACGGGCAACGCGCCUUCCGCAGGACGGCGAGGCGCGCGUCCCGACGCUCGGACGCGCGCUCGCUGCGGGAGAACAGAAUCGUGGCCGAGUUCACUCGCUGCGCGAUGAGCAUGGAGAGAGGCGCUCGUUACGUUUCAUCCGUAUAGACCAGCCCCAUGCUCAUCUCUCUCAUCUCUCUCUCUCAAGGAUCCUCCUGUAUAGCCUUCGUUAGGCUGUUGGAGCAAGUGCUGUUAGCGAGCACCUAUUAAGGCCAGCACGGAACACGAGAGGGAGCGGGGGGGGCAAUGCCACGCCCGGCCACUUUUUCUCCCCAGAUCUGCUGUUUGCACACAGUACUCGGUACUCAUUUAAGGCUGAGUCGACGUACGGGGAGUCCCAGGAUCGGUUCGACCUAUUUGCCACUGUUAUUAGUCACGAGUGGAAAUCGAACUCGGGUCGCCGAGUCCGUAACUUCUGCCCUACACCUCUGUCCACACACGUAGAGACAUAGAAGCGGCCGCAGUGAACACGGAGACUCAAGUGUGUGUGUGUAUUGCUGCAAGGAAGGCCGAUCCGUUUAUCGAUGCCCUACUAAAGUAAGGCGAAAUUAUAAACAUUUUAUUUCAAAGCCUCUGCGUGUCUCCCACAAAUAUCAAUGCACUUGUUCGAUGUUUUAACGCUCACUUCCGUAAGAUAUGGAACAAUGACUUUCACGCUAUUCCAUCGCCUCUUGAACGACAGAGGGUAAAUUAAACUUCAGUUUGGAGUAUGCACGCAUGGAUCACCCUGUACAAUUAAAUCUUAAUAACCCCACAGUGAGCUCAAAUGUUUGUAACUGUUGAAUGUACAACUCUGUGUACUGUGCAGUUUUCCCGUGAUGUUCGUGUGUCUAGGGUUAAUGCCUAAAAUAAAGUUACUGUACAGGUGACUGUUCUCAAUUUGCCAUCAAGCGAAGAUGUAUUUAUAGAAUGUGUAUAGUACAAUAUA